AUGAAAUGCGGCUUUCGACUCGCCAUCUGCGCCUUACUGGUACUUCUCGUUCCAUUCUACCUCCUCAAGGCCCAUUUGGAAGACCUCUGCAACCAGUAUCGCGCGGGCGCGUACUUCAUUGAUUGGUUAAACUACAAUGACCGACCACACGGGAAAGCUACCACCGACCCCGACCUCAAGGGGGAUAAAGUUAUUGUCAUGGCGAGACUCGAGGAAGAGCCUACUGGCUGGGUGGAGGAAGAAUUGCCGGACUGGCAAUCUGCCAUCUACGUCGUCAAUCCGUCGAGGGUCACGAUAGAGAACGAAAGUGCCCUCAAAACUCCCUUCAACAAGGGCCACGAAUCCAUGGCCUACCUUACCUACAUAAUCGACCAUUACGACGACCUCCCGUCCACCAUCGCCUUCCUUCACGCACACCGGGCGGGUUUCUUCAUGGCCUGGCAUGUCGAUGCGCCCUUGCACGAUAAUGUCAUGGCUAUGCGCAACCUCCAGCUCGAUUUCGUCCAAGAGAAUGGCUACGUGAAUCUCCGCUGCAAUUGGAACCCCGGGUGCAAGGCCGGUCAUCGCAUCAAUCGUCAUGUGACUGAAGGGGUGUGGGAAGAGAUGUUUGAAGGCACCAGCACUCCGCCCUUGAACUCCUCCACGUCCCCGGCCGUUGGGGACUACGCCCAAACCCAGAAGUUCCUUCAGGCCCCGAAGGAGGUCGGCGCCGCCUGCUGCGCCCAAUUUGCCGUGUCUCGGGACCAGGUCCGUCGACGACCGCGCGAUGACUACAUCAAGUUUCGCCAAUGGGUGAUUGAUACGGACCGAGACGACGCCAGCAGCGGUCGUAUCAUGGAGUUUCUCUGGCAUGUCAUUUUUGGCAAAGAAUCCGUUUACCACCUCGUUUGGCUACAUUUUCUUACUCUUCGGUUCGCUAUCUGGACGCGCGUCAUCACAUCUGGAAUAUGCGCAAAUGCUCGUGAUUGA